CCGGCGGCCGCCGCCGCCACCUCCCUGCCCCCGGCCCCGCCGCCGCCGGCCGUGGCCCCUGCGGAGCAGGCCGACAAGCCGUACAGCUGCCCCAUCUGCCAGAAGCCCUUCAAGCACCUGUCGGAGCUGUCGCGGCACGAGCGCAUCCACACCGGGGAGAAGCCGUACAAGUGCACGCUGUGUGACAAGAGCUUCAGCCAGUCGUCGCACCUGGUGCACCACAAGCGCACGCACAGCUCCGAGCGGCCGUACAAGUGCGCGGUGUGCGAGAAGACCUUCAAGCACCGCUCGCACCUGGUGCGCCACAUGUACGCGCACUCGGGCGAGCACCACCUGUUCCGCUGCAACGUGUGCGAGCUGCACUUCAAGGAGUCCUCAGAGCUGCUGCAGCACCCGUGCACGCCGAGCGGGGAGCGGCCGUUCCGCUGCGGCGAGUGCCAGAAGGCCUUCAAGCGGCCGUCGGACCUGCGGCAGCACGAGCGCACGCACAGCGCCGAGCGGCCCUUCAAGUGCGACCUGUGCCCCAUGGGCUUCAAGCAGCAGUACGCGCUCAUGCGGCACCGGCGCACGCACAAGACCGAGGAGCCCUUCAAGUGCGGCCUGUGCGAGAAGGGCUUCGGGCAGCCCAGCCACCUGCUCUACCACCAGCACGUGCACACCCUCGAGACUCUCUUCAAGUGCCCCGUGUGCCAGAAGGGCUUCGACCAGUCGGCCGAGCUGCUGCGGCACAAGUGCCUGCCGGGCACGGCCGAGCGGCCCUUCAAGUGCCCCGUGUGCAACAAGGCCUACAAGCGGGCGUCGGCCCUGCAGAAGCACCAGCUGGCGCACUGCUCCGCGGCCGAGAAGCCCCUGCGCUGCACCCUGUGUGAGCGCCGCUUCUUCUCGUCCUCGGAGUUCGUGCAGCACCGCUGCGACCCGGCCCGCGAGAAGCCGCUCAAGUGCCCGGACUGCGAGAAGCGCUUCAAGUACGCGUCAGACCUGCAGCGGCACCGACGGGUGCACACGGGCGAGAAGCCCUACAAGUGCCCCAACUGUGACAAGGCCUUCAAGCAGCGCGAGCAUCUCAACAAGCACCAGGGAGUGCACGCCCGCGAGCAGCAGUUCAAGUGCGUGUGGUGCGGCGAGCGCUUCCUGGACGUGGCCCUGCUGCAGGAGCACAGCGCCCAGCACAGCGCAGCCGCCGCGGCCGCCGAGGGCGCCUACCAGGUGGCCGCCUGCCUGCCUUGAGUGCGGCCCUGAGUGCGCGCCUCGGAGUGCGCGUGGGCCCCCACUGGUCCCCGCCGGCGCUCUGCCCACUGAGCCCUCCCCUGCCAACCCCGCAGGGUGGUCUGAGGCCCCAGGGGCGUGAGGACAGAGGGCGCUGGGCAGGCGUGGGGUGGGGGUGCCUGGCUCUCCUGGUACCGGCCUGGAGGUUGGGGGGGGCGGGGAGGACCCAGACUGCUGUGGCUGGCCCUGAUCCCACAAACCUCUUUCCCAUUACAGGAUUCCUUUUCUUGAGAGCCAUCAGCCUCCCUUGUCUCUGGGAGCCUGGAACCAGGCUGGAAGUCAAGUGGCCUCUCUCCACCCCAUGGAGGGAUUGGUGCCAGCCUCCACCUUCCCAAACUUUUCAGCCUAACUAGAAACCAGAUAGGUUAGGAAAGAGGAUGGCCAUGGUCGGGCCUGGGAGAAGGCUGAAUCCCAUAGGUGGUCUGGAUGUAGGGCAUCCUCCUUCAAGUCGCCGUUUGAGGGAGUUGGCCAGCUUGGUGAUGUAGUCCUGGGGACCAGGAGGGCAGACAGUGAGCCACAGGUCUCUCCGUCUGCUCCAGCUGGGGGCGAUGUGGCCUCCCGGGUUCCGACAGGGAGACAUACGGGAGGGCUGCACAUCUGUGAGUGGGGUCUGCCCGGAGAGAAUCAGCCCAGCCAGAAGGGAGGAAGCAGAGAAGUUCUCCUGUGACACACUCAGCCAGGGACAGUGUUGUCCACAGGGAAGGGAGGAAAGGCAGCUUUUGUACUGAGGGCUAAUCCUUCUGUUCGGAAAGCACCCCUCCAACCUUUGCAGCAUGGUUCCAAGCUCUGGAGAGUGUGUUCUCGGCCAGACAGAACUACUGAUGUGAAAGAAGGGAUUGUUAGACCACCUUGGUGCCUGGGAGGCAGCAGGGCCAAGUCCACGAUCUUACCAGUGGAUGCAAACAAGUGUCCUCCCCCUUGAAUGUGUGAACCAAAGUGUCAAGGGCAUGGCCCCAAACAGGUUGCCCCAGCUACUUCUGGGCCAGGACCAGGCCUGGGCACCCGGGGGGGGGAGGUGAAAGGACUCUGUCUCCACCAGUGCUUUCCCAGCCCCUGAGAGCCCUCCCCAUCAGUCUGGCUCCUGGCCUGGAUCCUGGGAGUCUUGUGGCAGUCCAGAUGCCCUGGACAUUAUCCAGUGACUUCCAAGGCCAGAGAUUCUCUCUGGGGUCCUCCUGGGGUCCCUGUAGGUCUCUGCCUGCCCACUAGGCUCAUGGAGUCAAGGGUGUCCAGGGCAAUAGGGAGCAGGCCAGGGAAGAGGGUUGUUAAGGGAGACACUAGGUGCCUGGAGUUGACUGAGAUCGCUGGUCAGCAGGGGCCCUCCUUGGGAAGCCCAAAGGAGCUUAAUUAUCAAAAUGAUACUUCUGAACCCAGCUGUGCCCCUGCCCCGCCCUCUUCCAGCCCUCCCUGGGCAUAGGUCUUGAAAGAGUUUAACCAGUGCUCGCACCAAGGGCCCAGAGGAGCAGGGAGGCCCGCCUUGUCUCCCUCGCACCUUGAGAAGGCUGUACAGCCCACAUCCGCCUCCUCUCUCGGACUGGGCUCCCUUCCUGUGCCUGCAGAGAGGGGCCGGUCCUUCCCCUCGGUGCUGGCUCUCAGUCACAAUGCCUCAAAAGACAUGGAACCCAGGCCGACAACAGGCCAACUGCUAAUUUUUCCCUUUCCUUUGCUUUCUAAAAGCAGUUGUUAUACUGUUCAUAACAUUGUAUAGUUUAAUUUCAUGUCAUUUUGGAUCUUAUAUAAAAAAUGUGAAAAUUUGGAUUUUUAAAAAGAACGACUCCAUUUUAGAUAGCCCCUUUUGAUGUUAAUAUAUAGUGAGUCCAAUGUAUGCUUUAGAAGUAAAGACAUUGACCAUCACAGACCAAAGCACUGCUUGUUCUGGUCGUUCUUCCCCAGGGGAUGAUGGGGUGUGGAGAGAGAGAAACAGAGGGGUGCAGGCUCAGGUUGGCAGGCUUGGGAUCAGGACAUGAGGCUGGGUUUGAAUCCUGCGUUUUGAAUGUUCUGGUUGUGUGACUUUGGGCAAGUCACUCAACCUCUUUGGGGCUCAGUCGCCUCCGUCACCUUGCUUAGUUGCUGCGAGGAUUCAUGGCGUCAUAUAUGGAGGCCCUGUGGGCAGGGGAGCUGUGAAGGUGCUGACAGGCCUUGGGGCCCUAGGGAAGAGGCCCUCGGCCUCCUGACCUGCUGGAGGUCUAGCUGCAGCCCUGGUGGAGGGAGCUGGGCUGGAGGGACAGGCCGCGUGUGGAUGCUGAGAAGCAGGAGCCUGGCCUGGUAAGCAUGAGUGCUUGCUCUAGCCCCCGUGGGAAACCAGGGCUUGCCUGCAGCAGCAGUGGCCCCAGCCAGGUGCCCUACCCCAGAGGGUUGCCUGCUCUCACCUCACUUGUCCUCACCCCGUCCCAUGGCCAGCCAGCUGCAUGUCCAACCAGCUGCUUCCCUUCUCGGCCUUCCAACCCACCUUUCUUCUGUUCCCUGCCCCAGGCCCCCGUGGCCUGCUGUGGCCAGCUGUGACUCAGGCUCUUUCCAUUUCUCAAAGGCAGGGGUGGAGGUGGGGAGAGAGGGAGAAACAGCCUCCCCAGGUCUGGGGAGGGCGGUCAGCAGGGUGGUCAACACCUUGCCCCGGAGGUGGGGGUGGUGAGCGUAGAAAGUCAAGUGGACAAGGAGCUGCCCAUGCCACAGCGGGCUCAAAACUGGGUGCAGAUGCCUAGUGGAAAGGCUAAGUAGGACCCCAGAGGUGACCCAGACAACACACUCUCCUUACUGUGUGUGCCCACGGGAGGACCUCCCUUGAGGAGGCGUCCACUUGUCAGCCAGAGGACACCCAGGGCCCCUCGUGUCCGUGCCAGGCUUCAGUCCUGUCUUCCUUGCUAGCUGAGUGACCUUAGGCAAAAUCCAGCCACCUUGCAGAGACUCCUGGAAGGCACUAGCCUGUGUUUGGUGCUUUAUAGUUUCAGGUUGUCUUUCCUGAAAAGACGAUGGUCGUCGUGUGCCUGGGGCAGGAGGAGCCCCGGCAGGCGAGACUGAGCUCACAAGGAGCCCUUGCUCUGUCUCCAUCCUCUGCUCCUCUCACAAAGCUCCCACCUGGCGCUCAGCCUCCAGGCUCCAGCCCGCGCCCAAACCAGGGCAGUGAAUGGAAUCUGGGAGCCUGGAUGUUCAGGUUCAAGUCCUAGUCUGUUGAUAAAAAGUGACCCCAGGCACUUGUUAUCUGCCCCUUGUGGGGCCUCAGUUCCCCAUGUGAAGCAGAGGUCUUGACCCUGAUCUCUAAGUGUCGCUAGAGACCUGACACUCUGAUUCUGGGAGGGUGACAGGAUCAAGCUGUGUCUCCUUUUCCUCUCCCUGCCUCUUCUGGCCUCCAGCCUGCAGUCUCCCUGUCUCAGUCUGGCUUUAGCUGUAAGCGACAGAAACGGCGCAGACUGGCUUGAGCAGUUGUCCGCUGCAGCUGACCACGCCGCCUGUCCACCUGCCCAGGAGCCCCCACAACCUCCUGCAUCCUAUGGCUGGCGUGAGUCUCCCUCUUGUAGAGCAGAGCAUUUUCACGAGGGGACUUCGGACAUUGUGACAAGGGGCUCCUUGUCAACUACCUCCUUAGUUCUACCUCCUUUAGUCUCUGGGGCAUCAUGCACUUUGCCCCAACCACAGACAGCAUAGGGAGAAUGUGGUACCUUGGGGUGAGCGGUGACACUGGAAUGACAACCAGAGCUGGGGGGAGUGAGAGGGCGAGGCGGGCAGAAACCUCCCACUUCAGAGUUCGUAAUUCGGUAGGGUGAGGGCACAGUGAAAUGUGUGUGGAGGUGUGGAGGGUAGGGCAUGUCGUGGGCACUUGGGAGAGCAGAACGGUUGGAGGUCAGAGGCCAGAGGGGGCUGGCCUAACCCUUCUGAAUGUUGGGGCUCUCCCCCGCCCCGGCCCGACACCCCAUUCAUAAGCCCUGUCCCCUCCUACCAUCUCCAGGAGACAGGCAAGGCAGACCUGAGUAUUCCCUUCAGGCUGACCCUUGAGAAGUCCUGGGGCUGCCCAAAGCCACACAUUUGGUGAUGAAGGAGGCCUGGAAUCGUGGGGGCUGGCCUGGUGGGGAACAGAGGGGCUGCAACAGCCCUGGGCUCUGGACCUCAUAGGCUUCCAGCUCUGGCCACUGAAUCCUGGGGCUCUGGUUCCAACCCAUUCUUCGCGGGCCAGGAAGCUGGUGACAAUGGCUGGGCCCCAUGCUGGUACCCAGUCUGGCCAGGGGAGUAGGAAAGCUCUUCGUUAGCUUGCAGAGGGGGCGGCCAGCCGUCCGGUGGGCCCUCGACUCCUCAAGGGAUUAAAGCCACGGGGCUCUGUCUCCCCAUCUGUGCAGAGGCAGCUUCAUGGAGAGCCUAGACCUCCUCAGACGCCUUUGUGGAAGUCUUCUGUCUGUCUCCAGUCCUCCAUCCUGACCUCCCACCUCCCGGCCUCGUUCCCUCCUCCAGAGCAGGCCUCACACAGGCCCAGGGCUGCUCCGGCCUUGGACGUUGGCUGGCGGGGGGCCUCCCUAGCUCCACAUCCCAUCCUCACACGGGUGGGAAGGGGGGUUCUUUGUUCCUUGAAGGUCAUGCCUCCAGGAAAAGCCUUGGCCGCUAUUGAUUGUCACAAAUCUACAAAGCUUCCAGGGCCGGAAUGCCCAUACUCCUCAGGGCCCUGAAAAGGAGGUCAGCAGGAGGGGUGGGAACAGGGGGCGCCUGCGGGGUCUCCCUCUUCCCUCUGCGUGCCUCCCCAACCUGGGUCUGCAUUCCUGCCUUUGUUCAUCCACAGGCUGGUGCUGCGGGGUAUGCAGCUAACACUUCAGAGAGAGGUUUGAGGUUUUCGUGUGUCAAAAGGUAGGGUCAGAAAUGUCAAAGCUUCUGAUUUUUAGCACAAAAGAUGGUGUGUGAGUCCUCCCUGACCCUCUCCUCACCCCUGAUCCACUCCCACUGCCGGCCCCAGGCCCUGGGUGAGGAUGUGUUUGGUGUGUUACUUUGUCACAAACACACCUAUUACUUUGUAGUAGUUGUUUCAUUUAGUCCAGAUCUGUGUGUGGGCUCUGGGUAGCCCCAGGCCCCAUUUCUGAGCCCCCGUUCACUCAGAGAGAUAAAAGGAGCCUCCAAGUGCGGUAUUUCCUUAGAGCCGACUGUGGGCCAGAGGCUAGGAGUUGUUCUGUAGUAUCGGGGAAGAGAUAUGGGGAGAAGGGAACACUUGAGAGAGGCCUGCCUGGGAGACAUGGUGGAAUCUGGGUUGGAAAAGAUGUGGAAAGCUUUUCAGGUGGGAGGAAGGCUUUGAACAAAGGUGAGGAGGCAGACAAGAGCCUGGGUGUUCAGAACAGCAAGGAGGCUGGCAGGGAGCUUUGUGUGGGGUAAUUCACUGAGGCCCAGGGCCAGGGAAGUGGAUUGGGGGACUGACCAGGAAGACCUACAGAUGAGGCCAUGAGACUGGACUAUCCCCAAGGUAGUGGCCACAGGGAGGAUUUCUAAUGUGAUCUGUUUAUGAUGAGUAAAGAGCCCCCUGAGGCUGAGGGGACUUUGAGGCCAGGAGACAGUGGCCCAGGCUAGGUUGGAGUGGGGCUUCUUCCCAUCUCUUGGCCUCUGGGUGGGAUUAUCAGAUGUCCUCACCCCCAGGAAGCCCCCUCUGGUUUCCUCCCCACUCUUGCCUCUAUCUCUUUCAUAGCAGGAAGGCAGUGGAAUGUGGUGCCUGCAAGCUCAAGGGUCAGGUAGGCUGGUUUCAAUUCCCAGCUCUGCCAAUCACCAGCAGUGUGACCUUGGGCCAGGUACUUAACCUCCCUUAGUCCAUUUCAUCAUCCAUAAAAUGGGUCUAAAAUCACCCACCUCAUGGUGUCUGCAAAGUGUUUAAUACGUUAUCUUGCACUUAAAAAAUAGAAAGUGUUGGGGCGCCUGGCUGGCUCAGUCAGAAGAGCAUGC